AUGAGUGAUGGAGGCCUUCUUUCAGCAGCAAAGUACAACGUAGUUGUCGAAAGCUGCGAUGUUUUCUUAGAUAAAGACCAGUUUAGUUCAGCGGUACCACUAUUGCCGGCGCUAAGUCAGAAACAAGAGAAUGCUAUUCAAAAGUUGAUUAAAACCGGGAAAGAGCUGAUUGACGUGGCCUCGGUAAAUAUUGAAAUUUCAGAGAGUCUGAGCUUUGCUGAAGAUAAGAAAUACGCAUCUGGAAUUAAGGUCGAUGUAGAAAUGUUACCACGUGAAGACGAUAAAAAAGUUUCACUUAUCGUAUCAUCAGAUUCUGUAUCAUUGCUUCAAGUCGGCUUUGCAACGCAGAACAGUUCAAGGGAAGUAGUUGACGACCGGCUUCCCCUGAUCCUGGAUAUUUGUGCUCAUAAGAAUCAAGAAAAAAACUUGAAAGAACAGUUAGCAAAUCGGAAAUCCUUAGAGACAAGGCCGCCAAGAAAGAAAAGGAAGAAGCGUUCUGAUGCCAGCGACGAUGAAAAAUUAUUGAAAACCCGAAUACAUGAAUUGUCUUUGUCUUAUAAAGACUUUGAGUGUUCUCCAAUUAUUUUGAAGUACGAAGAAGCAUCUUCCAAAUGGGUGCUGUCCUUUACUUUAAAAUUGAAAUUCAUGAAAAAUAAAUUUAAUCGGUUUUCUCAAGAGACUAACCAAAUAUUGGAUUUAACGUACUCCGAUAGAGACGAGAAAGAAUUUGAAAAAUAUCACGCACAUACUCACAUUCAUACGAAAUUUAUUCAAAAGCAAUUUACUUCUCAGAUUUUGGAAUAUAGUAAAGAUAAGUUGUCAACGAUCAAGCCAUUUUUAGCCCAAUCUAUACCUAACCUAAAAGUCAAUCUUUUACCUUUCCAGCGAGAAAGUAUUGAGUGGAUGUUACUAAAGGAAGGUUACGGCACCUCCAUGAGUGGCAUGCCUGUAGCCGCCAGUGAAAUCGGGCUCAAAAAUUUUAUGAAUGAAUAUUAUGCAUACGGCUAUGAAUUAGUUGUACGCGGCAAUGGUGAGGUGGGACCAUCUCUAUUAUGGAAUAAAUUAACAGGCUAUAUACUCACUGUUGAUGACGCUGCACAUUUGUAUGACCAAUAUAGACAGAUGCAAAUGAACGACGACAACCCAAUUCACGCCAAGGGUGUGUUAGCAGAGGAGAUGGGCCUGGGUAAAACCAUUGAGAUUUUUUCACUAAUACUUCUCAACAGGAGAACGCUAAAAGAUCCGGAGGCAACGUUCGUUGACGACGAGAACAGAACAAUCAUAAAAACCAAAACAACUUUGAUCAUAUGUCCCAAUGCUAUCUUAAAACAAUGGCUCGAAGAAAUGGAAUUACAUACAAACGGUUUAAAAUGGUAUAAUUAUAAAGGAUACAAUGAAGUAAUGCGCCAUUGUAAAAGUGUGGAUGACGCAGUUCAAAAAUUAUCCCAAUACGAUGUCAUAGUUACCUCAUAUAAUGUCAUCGCGGCUGAGGUCCAUCAUGCCGAAUUUAACCGCAGUAUCAGAUCAAGAAGAUUGAAAAGUCCUAAAUACGACUAUUCCUCGCCACUAGCUUUGAUGCAAUUUUAUCGAAUUAUUUUGGAUGAAGUUCAGAUGUUACGUAGUUCAUCAACAUACUCUGCAAAAUGCACAGGUUUACUUCAUAGAAUACACACGUGGGGAGUUUCUGGGACUCCGAUACAAAACAUAGAAAACUAUAGAAUGAUCAUGUCUUACUUAAAGCUUCAUCCAUUUUGCGAUGAUCUGGAUCUCACUCAUACUCUUCAAGACGAAAUAAAACUGCGAAAUGAGGCCAAUGAUUAUACAGAUAAUAAGUUGGUAUGUCGAUUUAAGGGUGUGAGAUUUUCAAUAAAGGAAUGUAUGAAUAUGUUUUACAAAUAUGACCUCUGCAUAAGGCAUUCCAAGUCAGACGUUGCGUCCCAAAUCAAUAUUCCUCAACAGCAUAAUUAUAUUAUUCCCCUAGAAUUUGCACCUAUCGAGUGGGACAACUACUUGAAUCUUUGGAACAGUUUUUUAGAGUUGAGCGGUUAUAACUCAGAUGGUAGUGGGUCACCACGAGUAAGCAAUGCCUUUUUGAACGAAUGGUUGUCUAGAUUACGAUACAUUUGCUGUCAUGCACUAUUCCCAGAGAUUUUAAAUACCCGACAGAAGCGCCUCCAUGGACACUCGGCAAAAAUCUCGAAUAUCAAUGACAUAUUAAUUUCCAUGCGAAUGGACGCAUUUGACAGUUUAAUUGGCUAUUAUAGAGAAAGGUUCCAUUCAUCAAUCAAGCAAGCACAAUACGAACUAGAAAUAUCUAACGAGCCCUCAAAAGCACUUCAAUCAUUGACCAGGAUCCGAGACGAUCUAAAGAAUCACCUGAAUCAGAAAUUUGAAAUAAAAGAUCCAUUCGACAUUUCUUUAGAUUUCAGUGAUGACGAAUACGGGCAGGAAAAUUUAGAUCAAAAUGAAGGACGGACCACAGGUGACGAAAGCGGUAAACAAUUGAGCUCUGCGAAGGGUCAUGAAAGUAGCAGUGACGAGGAAGUAAUAUCAGACCAGCUAAAGAAGAGAGGACUACGUGCUAUGAUGAAUCUACUGCAUGACUGCUAUUUCUUUCUCGGCUCAAUCUAUUAUAAUUUGGGCUCACGUAAACUAGAAGAGGUUGAUGAUAAGAAUCAAAAAGAAAAGGUGAAAUAUUCGGAUGUUUUCCCAAAGUUAGAACUAGAAGAAAUUGAACAAAAUAGGCUUUUGGAACAAGAAAAUUACGCCAAUGCAGAAAUUUUGAGAAAAUCGAUUCUUUCUUCGGAGGCUCGAAAAGUUGAUUUAACCAUUGAAUCGGCCAGAACCAAGUUCGACCUCGCAAACAAUGUACCUUUACGGCUCAUAAAUAUUGACUUUGAUCAUAGAAAUGAUUACUCGUCUAACUUAGCGGUCUCUAGAUGUUUCAAGUUGCUAAGCAAGUUAAUACAAGCAUUGAAUGAGCAGUCGAAAAAUUUUAAUGAACUGCUAGAGGAAUUGCUCACUGCCAUCUACGAACCAGUUUACCAAACUGAAGAUGACCAUAUAAGUGAUAAGGUUAUUGGUGGAGAAGAAUACUCAACAUCAAUCGAUAGUCAAGAUAAAAUAUUCAGUCUCCUUGGUUGUUUGGAGAUAAUUUUACAGAAUAGGGAUAACACCUUGACUUCAGAUUCUGAAAUCAAAAUUCCUAAGAAUUUGGUGCCAGAAGGUACAAUAAUUUCAGAAUACCAAAGGCAGCUGUUAAAAAACUUGAAAUUGGUUUCAGGAACACCUUUACAAACUAUUUUUGACGAAUUAAAAAACAACAGAAUAGUAAGGCGCAUAUCCACGAAUAAUGAAAACGAACCCUCCAUUCAAAAUUUCGAAGAUUACUUGCUACAAUACGAAACAGAAAGUAAGAAGCUGCUCAAAUAUAAUAAACAGAUUAGGGAAUCCUUGAAAACUUUAGGCUCAAUAUACAAUGCUAAGACAGAGUAUUACGGUCAGCUACAAAGAAUUUCUGACUCUUUGGUAUCUUUACAUUCAUUGAGUUUGCCACAACUAAGUCAUUUAUUAAAAACUAUUAAAAAAUCAUUGGGUGGUGUCCUAGAUGCAAAAAUCAAUAACACCGAAUCAAGGUUAAUAUAUUUAAAGAAUUUGUCUAGGUUAAAGGAUACGAUAAACGAGAAUCAAGUUUUGAGUUGUUCGAUUUGUUUGGGUGAAGUUGAGAUAGGCGCUAUUAUCAAAUGUGGACAUUAUUUUUGUAAGAGUUGUAUUCUCACUUGGUUACGAGCCCACAGCAAAUGCCCAAUCUGUAAGAGUUUCUGUAGAACAUCGGAGGUUUACAAUUUUAAGUUCAAAAACACAAAGGAAAAAAUAGGAAAGGAAACUCAGGAGUCACAAAUGGACGGGAGUGAAUUAAACCAAGGUGCUUCUAGUGUUAAUUCCACAAUAUCUAAUGUAAGCGAAGUGGAGAAGCUGUUUGGGAAUAAGUAUGAACAAUUCCAUCAAAUCAACGAAGUGCAUCAAAUUCGCAUAAAGGAAAGUUUUGGUGCUAAGAUUGAUUUUAUCGUUAAACUAAUUUCUUAUUUGAGACUAAAAAGCGAGCAAGAAAGCGCUGAACCGCCACAAGUCAUUUUGUACUCACAAAAGACAGAAUACUUGAGAGUUAUUGGUAAGGUUCUAAAACUUUAUCACGUUGAGUAUUUGGCAUGUCUAUCCAAUACUGCCAGUGUCGGUGAAACUAUUAACGAUUUCAAACGUCAGCCUUCUAUUACUUGCUUACUUUUAAAUGUAAAGACCUUAGGUGCAGGUUUGAAUUUGAUAAACGCAAAGCAUAUUUUCCUACUAGAUCCUAUUCUCAAUAAUAGUGAUGAGUUACAAGCAAUGGGAAGGAAUAAUCGUAUAGGCCAAGAUAAGGAAACAUUUGUAUGGAAUUUUAUGAUAAAAAAUACAGUUGAAGAAAACAUUCUUCGGUAUAAAUGUAUACUAGAAGAGCGCAAAAGAAAGGAGAAGUCGAGUAAGAAUGACGGCGACGAUGACAGAGGAGUUGAUGGUGAUGAAGAAGAUAAUGAUGACGUAAAAUUUGAGAUAAGCGUAGGCGACCAAGAGGUCAGUAGUGAACACUUAUGGAAUUGCUUCUUCCACAGUAGUCAUUAG